UCCUUAUCAGUCCGGACUACAACGGGAUCCCGGGCCGCCGCGGACAACGUUGCUCGCUAUUGCCAGUCUGCCUACCGCUGCUGUCUCCGUCCCUCUAUCACUCUCUCGUCGUCCGUCCGUCUCUCACUUUCUACAUCUCUCUCGCUUUCGUUCUCCGUCCUUCGCUAUUACAUCGUUGCACUUUGGGUUCCCCACGCCGACCACCGAGCUUCAGCAACAGGACUCGUUCCGAACCAUCGUUUUGCCGACACGCGUGUCGCUCAACCGCACGGCAUACUCUCUACACAUUCCAAGAGAUACGCGAGAUUACAGCAAAAAUAAACUGUUCGAAUCCCGAUUUUUGAUAUCGUUAUAAGUAAAACCUAAUAGUUAAAGUCUUCCCCCCUAUUUUUAAUCCCUUGUCAAGAGGUUUUCUACGUCCACCAACAAGACAUCGACUCCGCCAACUGUUGCGACCGCGGACAUUUUUAGCUGACAUUUCACGGCGGGAAACAAUCUUUCAAAAAUUAAACCGUUUCUGAGCAAGGGAGCAGCUGGCGGAAUGUUCUGCUAUCAUUGCCCAGCGCCCCCAUUACAUCCUACACCAUCAACGCGGAUACCAUCAAUCGACUAUCCGUUUUCGUCGUCGCACCCGUAUACUAGUUAUUCAUAUCACCCUGCGAUACAUGAUGAUUCAUUUGUUAGACGCAAACAAAGAAGGAAUAGAACUACUUUCACUCUACAACAGCUCGAAGAACUGGAAACAGCAUUUGCUCAGACUCAUUAUCCAGAUGUAUUUACUAGAGAAGAUUUAGCAGCUAAAAUUCAACUGACUGAAGCUCGUGUUCAGGUUUGGUUCCAAAACCGUAGAGCAAAAUGGAGAAAAGCUGAACGGCUAAAAGAAGAACAAAGAAAAAGAGAAGAACAUGAUAGGGGUGGGUCACUGCAAGAACAGUUGGACCAUAUGGCUAAAGAUAUGCAACACUCACCGACCACGAAAGUAAGCGUACUAGAAGGUGAACAGAGAGAUGAUGGACACAGUGGUAGCGAACCAGACGAAGACGCUCGUACUAGUACCGUUCACAUAUCGGACCGAAGUGAAUCACCUGCCAGCUGUGGCAUGAACGGUGGUCCAGAUGAUAGGCCGACGUCACCAUCUCCAUCAGGGAAUGGAAACACUGUGUCAGAUUCACCAACGCCUAGCCUAAGUCCUUCGCAAAUCCGACCACCCAUCAGUGUGGCUACGUCGACAUUCAACCAUUCAAUAUUUACUCCGUUCUCUUCAGAAGGAAAUGGAUUCAGACCGGUAUCUGAUCCUUCAAUAUCCAGACCAAUAUUUCUGCCGCCUCAUUUCGGAUCACUACCAUCGCCUUUAUUCAGUGGUCUCAAAGGGUUCGGAUGUAGCUGCUGCACAAUGAAGCCAUUCGGGUCGAUGACCGAAGGUGGUGGCGCCGAGCACCGUUCGUCCAGCGUGGCCGAGCUGCGACGCAAGGCGCAGGAACACUCGGCCGCGCUAUUCCACAGCCUGCAGCACGUGGCCAACAUGCAGCAUCACGCAGCCGCGGCCGCUGCGCUCCAGCUGCCCGUUGGCCUUGGGCUCCAGUUGCCUUCGCUCACGUCCACACUGCACGCGCUGGCGGCCAACCGGAAACCAGAACAGCAACUGCCGCACCCGCAACCACUGUCGCUGACCACCACUGCUCCGGCUGCCACAGCCACCGCCACCACCACCACCGCGACCGUGGCCACCGUGACGGAACAGUCCGGUCUGGUCUUGUCGCAACAGCAACUCGUGUCGUCCGAGACCAACAACUAAACCGCAACCGUUCCUCAUCGACGUCUCGCCCACCACUACCAUCACCGCUACCAAGCGCUACUCGCUCGCAGCGCGAUUUCUUAAAUAUUAACACACGUGUAUGAUUCAGAGGCACGCAGAAAAGUUCCUGGUCGCUUGAAAAUUAUACUGUGAUCUGUAUAGUAUAAUUUUAUAAAAGAAAAUCGAUCGAACUAUUUGCGUAUUAUAUCCGACUGGAUUAGGAACAAUUGUUUAUUAUUCCUAUAUGUUAAACAGUUUGGUACGGUUUUCGAACAUCAACCCCUACCUCUCGAUUUUAAGCCCCUGGACCCGCCAUCGGCGUAAACGAUAUUAUGUAUACGAUGAAUGCGUACGCUAUAAAAAGUUAUAACACUUCAAAACCGCCAACCAAAUGGUUAUUCGCAAUAAUUAACAUAAAAUUAUAGUUUAAAUAAAUCAAUAUAUUAUUAUCUGCAUUGAUUUCGAUUUGUUUUCAGUUUUUUUUUUUUUUGUUAACUUUCUUAUAUUCUACAACCAUCUUGGUUUGUGUAGUGUCUCCAGUUAUAGCCUUCAUUUUUCCCAUUACAUUUUAGUAGUAACGUUAAUAUUAUAACUAUGUACAUUAUGUACGUUUAUAGUAUUCACGAAUAACAUAUUUAUAUUAAGUAAGAAAACUAACAUAAGACGUGAUUUAAGUAAAAAUAAAAAAUAAAAUAGAAAUAUACGAAUGCGUAUUUUUAUUUAUUUUUUGUUCUUAUUUUUUUUUACUAGGUAUAUAUCUAUUAUAAUAUAAACUUAAUUCGUAAUAAGAUUCGUGCGUUUAACGUAAUCAAAAAAAAAAAAAAAAUUUUACAAAUAAUUAUGACACAGUAAUAUACUCGGUUAAA